AUGGAUGCUCUAGUCUCGAGAUAUAGCCGGCCUGCCCACGCGCAGAACGAGUCCUUCGAGGAUGAGGACCUGAUGACCCUGGACCCCAUGGCCAACCUGUCUCUCAACUUUGCGAUGCCUCCCGUCGCUCAGCCCUCUGCCUGGCUCCGCGCGGCCACAGACGACCGCUCGAACCCCAACUGUCCGAUCAAGAUUGCCCACGGCACCACGACGCUGGCGUUCCGCUUCCAGGGCGGCAUCAUCGUGGCGACGGACUCGCGCGCGACGGCGGGCAACUGGAUCGCGUCACAGACGGUCAAGAAGGUCAUCGAGAUCAACGACGUGCUGCUGGGCACCAUGGCGGGCGGCGCGGCCGACUGCCAGUACUGGCUGGCAUGGCUAGGCAUGCAGUGCCGCCUGCACGAGCUGCGUCACAAGCGCCGCAUCAGUGUUGCAGCGGCGAGCAAGAUCCUCGCCAACCUCGUGUACAGCUACAAGGGCAUGGGCCUGAGCAUGGGCACCAUGUGCGCGGGCGUCACCCCGGAGGAGGGGCCCGCGCUGUACUACGUCGACAAUGACGGCACCCGCCUCGCGGGCAACCUGUUCUGCGUCGGCUCCGGCCAGACAUUCGCGUACGGCGUGCUGGACGCCGAGUACCGCUACGACCUGAGCGACGAGGACGCGCUCGAACUCGGACGUCGCAGCAUCCUGGCGGCCACGCACCGCGACGCGUACUCGGGCGGCUCGAUCAACCUCUACCACGUCAAGCAGGAGGGCUGGGUCAAGCACGGCUUCAACGACACGAACCCGAUCUUCUGGAAGACGAAGCUGGAGAAGGGUGAGUUCUCCAACGUCACGAGCGAGCUGUAG